UUAACCCAAAAGGAGUCCGAUCUCGAAAGCACCACUAAUCGCCUUCGUUCAAUCGAGGAUCAAUACGCUCAACUUCAAAUUGAUGCCAGUAAAUGGAGAAGUGAACUAGACACUGUUCAACGUGAAAACGAUGUCCUAAAAAGUGCUAAUGCUAACAUGGAAUCGGAACUUGCCCGCCUUAAGAAUCGUCUAAAAGUUGCUGAGGACACACUCAAAGAACUAAAGAACAGUCUUAAUCACGUCAAAGCUGAGCGUGAACGCCUUCAAAACGCUUACCGCGACAAGGCAAAGCAGGCCGAUCACCUUCAGCAACUUUCACAGCAGUUCGAUUCUAAACUACAGAAACUGCGUCAGGAGCUACAAAACACUUCCGACAAGCUGAUCACUUCCGAUACAGAACGUACUGCUCUACGGAACGAACUCACUAAACUUCAACAAGAGCUUAAAUUCGGAGCUGAGCAAAUGCAGCGAAAGACUGACGAAUAUCAAUCAACGCUUGAUGACCUCGCAAAUGCACAUAGAGCUUCUGAAGAUGGACGACUGAACGCUCUCCAAGAGCUCGAGAGUCGCAAAUAUGAGAUCAGCGACCUGCAGUCACGAUUAGAAGGAACUGAACAGCGUCUGAUCACUCUACAACAAGACUUUAUCAAUGCGGACGCUGAACGAGACGCUCUUGCAGACGCGAUGCGUCGAUUCCAGAAUUCUGCGAACCGUGUGAUCAACAUCGGUCGAUAUACAAAUAUUGUCGAUGGAGGUGAUGCUCACAUCGAUGGAGGACGAGAUGUUGAAAUUCCACGAGGUUCUGGAGCACCUCUGGAUGAAGUCCAGUAUCCACGGUCCGUACCGUUCCCAGUCGGCAUCGACUACAGUGGCACACACACAGGCGCAGGCGGUCGAGUAGCCACAACGCUGAAUGGCACGACUACCGUGAACAUCAACGACACCGUCAACGUUACUCAGCUCGAAGACACACUUCAACAGCUCGUUGGAAGAAUCGAUAAACUAGAGUUGGAACGAAAUGAGCUUCGAGACGCAUUGAAUCGUCUGCGCAAAAAGACGAGUGAAUCGCACACGACAAUCAAUAAGCAUGAGACCAGAUAUAAGACAAUUGAGGAUAAUCUGAACGACAUCGAAGAAGAUAAGCGAGCUUUGGAAGCCCGAUUGGCGUCUGCAAAGCAGCUUCUUCGCUCCCAGGAAGAAGCGCUCAAACAGCGCGAUGAGGAGCGUCGACAGAUGAAGUCGAAAAUGGUGGCUGCCGAGUUGCAAGCUCGUGGCAAAGAGGCGCAACUCAGACACCUCAAUGAACAACUCAAGAAUCUGCGUACUGAUCUGGAAAAUGCUCACGCCGACAUUCGUGCACUGCGAGACAGAGAAGAGAGUUGGGAUGCAAGUCGAUUCCAACUGGAGAGCAAGAUGAGAGAACAAGACAGUCACACUCAGAAAUUGCAACUGCAAAUUUCCUCAUUUGAAAGCGAGAGACAGAGUCUCAUGGAGAAGGUCAAAGAGCUUGACGGCGCACUUCGUCUCAGCGAAACCAAGGUCCAGGAUAUGCGAGACGAUGCCGAAAAGCUGAAGAGGGAUCUGGCAAAAGCCGAAUCUUAUGAAAUUGAAUUGCGCAAGCAUACGGACUUACAGAGUAAAUCUGGUAGUGAACUACAGAUGUUGAAGGAUCAGCUGUUGAACGCUCAGAACGAUCUGAGCACGACCAAUACGCGCAAGACUCAACUUGAAUCUGAACUUCUUAAUCUACGUUCUGAACUUCGUGAUUACAAACAACGUGUACAUGAUGUGAAUAACCGAGCAUCUGAGCUUCAACGUCAACUUCAAGAUUCCAACUCAGAAAAGAAUCGCUUGGAAGACAGAAUCCUGACCAUGGAGAAGAAUCUCAGCCAACAACGCACUACUGAAAAUGAACUGCGACAGCAAUUAGACACUGCCAAGAAUGACAAGAGAGCCGUAACUAAGGAACUGGAGGAGCUCAAACGCCACAUCGUACAACUUGAGAACGACAGACGUGCCAAUUCACAACUCCUGGACAACUGGAAGAAAGAUAAAUUCAUGCUUCAGAAGAAGAUUGAGAUGCUCGAAACCGAAAAGAGAAGAACGGAGGCGGCGAUUCGUGAGACAGCAUUGCAGCGUGAGGCUAUUGAGAAAUCUCUCAACGCUAUGGAACGUGAAAACAAAGAACUUUACAAAAACUGCGCUCAACUGCAACAACAGAUCGCACAACUUGAAAUGGAGAACGGUAAUCGUAUCCUGGAGCUGACUAAUAAGCAACGGGAAGAGCAGGAAAGACAACUGCAGCGAAUGCGCCAAGAGAAGGGCCAGAUUGAAAAGGUCAUCGAGAAUCGCGAACGAACUCACAGG